UUCCGAUCUGUUAAAUUCGAGUCGUCGUCAUCGCGUACGCGUUUUUGUCGUUUUUUCUUCCCUUUUCCCAAUCUGUGUGCUAUUUUUUCUCUGGAAAAAAAUAUUGUCCAUUGGCGUUAUAAUCGGUUGACGAUAGUUUUUGGUUAGAGUUUUAAGCACAUUUUGCUGACCACGGUGGUAAUUUUUAGGCGUCGACAUGUAGUGCUGAAGAAAUUUCAAGUGCAGUUUUGAGAGAAAAAAAACGGAAAGAAAAUUUUGCAUUAGAGAUUUCUUUUCCUUCUGUCCAAUGCGUGCUAGAUGUAAGUGUGUAUGUGUGUUGAUUCCUGUGCCUACUCUGGAGCAACUGAGGGCAGUAAAAAAAGUUUUCGUAAAAAGAAGUGAAAAUAUAUAAGCAAGAAAAUGUCAACAUCAGAAAGAGUGGAAUGGGUGGAAAUAAUCGAGCCUCGCACCAAGGAGCACAUGUAUGCUAACUUGACGACUGGAGAAUGCGUCUGGGAUCCGCCUGAGGGCGUCAAUAUCAAACGCACCGAUGCGUCCCAAUGGUGGGAGCUGUUCGAUACCAACACCUGCCGGUUCUACUACUACAACGUGGCCUCGCAAAAGACGGUUUGGCAUCGGCCGCAGAACUGUGAUAUCAUCCCGCUCGCGAAACUACAAACGCUGAAGCAGAACACCGAUCCGGGUGAUCGGAAAGAUAGCCAUGGCAGUGGUACGCUGCAGCAUCACCUAUCGAAGCACCAUUCGAGUGCUGGAGGUUCCGGAACGGUCGGCAAAACCUGUGGCCACCGAACAGCUACCGGUGUGAUGGAUUAUCGUGACAGAGAUCAUCAUCGAAGUUCCAGCUCAGGGCAUCGAUCGGGUCACGAUAAACGUAGCAACAGUGACCUACUGGCGAGUCCGCAAGGCCGCCACAGUCUGCAGCACAGACUACCACCGAAAACCACCAUAACUGACGCAGGGUUUCCGAUGGGCGGUCGCACUGGCACUGGCGAAUCUCAUAAAUUUUGCAGGCACGGUCAUCCAAGCUCAGGUACUUCCUCCCGCAGCAGUCAGAAAUACUUAGACUCGGGUAAGUCCAGCGACAGCAGCGUAUCCAGCUCGCACGGUUACCAUCGACGUAUGCAUGAUGGCGGGAGCUUGCGGAUGGGUACCGGAACCGCAGGGAAAAAACACAUCGGUUCUGCCGGGGAUAAUUGCUAUCGGAUGCUGCAGGAGAGUUCCAGUUCGCACAACAUUCCGCACUCGAUUCCAUCGGCGUCGGCCGAAAAGCUGGGAAUGUCUGCGGUGCACCAUUCUCCACUGCCUCCGCCGCAUCAGAUGCUGUCGUACUCGAUGUCUAAUUCUUCGGAUCUGGCUGGUGGGGGAAAUCUGUCUUCUCCAUCACACUCUAUGAGUACGCCUCAGUUCAAGAAGAAGUUCGUCCACGAAGGCAUGGGUUCUAAAUCGAACAGCACAGGACUGAAGGACGGCAGUGGAUUGGUUUCGAAACAUGAAAGUUUCGACUACUCUGGAAAUUCUUCCUCGGCAAUCUCGCUGACCCGUUCCGGUAGUUUUCUUUCAUCCGCUGGCAUCACGUCGGCUGGACCGAUAUCUGGAACGCCAGUUUCCUCUCGACCAUAUCAGCCGGGUCAGCAACCGUCACAGCACGCUUCCUCCCAUCGCAAGGGUAGUUUUGACGGAAACAAUGGAGGUGCCAGUGAUGAUUCCAUGCAUGAGAAAUAUUUUAAGUCGGUCGAAAAUACUCCGGUCACUCGUAGGCGCCAUACGACUGCAUCUUCGGCAAAAUCGCCGUCCAUACAGCAGCAACAGAAACAUUCGAGUGACUCCAGCCCACAGAGUCCAAUCAGUCCACAACAAGCGCAGCAACAGUUACAGCAGAAAAUUGCGAGGCCUUCAGCAUUGGCUGUUGAACUUUCGCCGGGGACAACGACCGGUGGUUACAACAAAUCUAGUCACAAGAGCAACGAUUCCGAACUGUUCAAUCUGGACAUUACCAACAAACCGGAGAAGUACUUGGAUAAGAUGAAGCUCGACAAGGGCAAGGUUUCGCCCAGCUCGAUUUCGAUGGGCGGCGGAAGUGGAGCACAAAGCGUCGGCCUGCAGAAGGCUUCCUCGUCCAGCGCAAAGUUAUCUUCUAGUCAAACCGAGAUGGCAGCUGCUGUCCCAACGCAGAAAAACGCCUCCAGCAAGGACCAAUUCUCGUUGAAUCUCAACAAACCAAACUUGGAACGGCACAACAAAGAGAUGCAACAGAAACAUCAAACCCUGGAGAAGAAUCCAGCGACUGGUUCAACGCAUACGGUUGCAUCGAACAAUUCAUCUUCGCACAACAAGCACCAACAGCAGCAGCUACAGCAGCCGCACGAUAGAAAAAAGAGCAAAAAUUAUACUGCCAACCAGGGGACUGGCUUUGAUUUUGAUUAUGACAAUGGCAAUACUUCACCGCUGUACUGUAACUGGGAUAAGGAAAAGCUCGAGCAUCUGCUUCCUCUGCAGCAUUAUAUUCUGGAGCAAGCAAAAUUAUCCGGUUGUUACGGGUUCGGUGAGUUUCUCGAUUCGGACUCGUUUCACUCGGAUAGCCAAUCGGAGCAUUCGUUCUCCGGCCACGAACCGGACAACGAAGACUCGGACCAUUCGGACGGUCAUGGCGACUAUCUAGCGCACUAUCCGUACGAGGAGUACGGUGCCUACCGGAAGGAUGACGGCGGAGGAGUUUCGUAUUACAACUUUGAUUUCAACUUUGGCGAUCGGGAGGAAAAAGAGGAUAUUUCGGAAGAGGUAACGGCAAAACUGGAAAGCAUUCAGGAUCAGAUUUACAGUCCCGUCAAGAAUCACCCCCCUUUGCACAAAUACUCACCGUUUCAUGCUGCGAAGCAAAGUCUAGAGGGGACCGGUUUUGGGUUGGAUUCCGUCGACCGGGGCAACUUGACGGAUAGCAGUCCUGCUGGUUCUCAGGCACAAGCACAAAAAAGCAUAAACAAAGCGAGCCUGCUGCAACGGUUCCAAGAGACGUUAAUCUCUCAUGGUCCUGCCGGAGUGGGAGGCAAUGGGAAGAUCGCGGAAAUGGCAUUGUUGAAAGAGUGCGACAUCGAAAAAUUCGCCCAGGACAAUUUGAAUCUUCACUCGAAAGGUAUUUUCCGGAAGAAAUCUUCCAUUCAAGAUAUGUUGAGUUGGACUCCGAACGCCAUAAGCCGUCCGAUGCUCUCGCUGGCGAGAGACAAGGCGGGUAAAAAAAUGGCCACCGAAUUGUUCAAGCUGGUUCAGAUCUACAUGGGAGAUCGGAAAGCUCGGGUUGGAAUGAGCUUAAACUCGGUAGCAAUUGAUAUUAUUACAAUGGCGAUGGGUCAGGCACAGCUAAGGGAUGAGUUAUAUAUCCAAAUGUGCCGACAAACCACGGAAAAUCCGACACGAGAUUCGCUAAUCCGUGGUUGGGAACUGAUGGCGAUCUGCUUAUCGUUCGUUCCGCCAUCGCCAACAUUCCAGCCAGCCUUACUGGGUUACAUCAAUCGGCAUCGGGAUCCUUCGUUCGCUACCAGCUUCCCCGAGGUGGGAAAAUGGCCGAUUCAUGUACAGAUUUCACACUACGCAACCAUCGCGUGUCGACGGUUAGACCGAAUCGGCAGCUCUGGUCGAAAGCAGGCCAAAAAGCCCACUGAAGAAGAUAUCAACCAGGCGCGGGAGCAAAUAUUCCGCGACAGCAUGUUCGGCAACACACUCGGCGAGGUGAUGAUGCUGCAAAAGGAUAAAUUUCCCGACAGGCAGAUUCCAUGGAUUCAGACUACGCUAUCCGAGCAGGUACUGCUGUUGAACGGCAAACAAACCGAGGGUAUCUUCCGAGUUCCAGCCGAUGUUGACGAGGUCAAUUUACUUAAAUGUCGUUUGGAUAGGUGGGAGUUUCCGGAAAACAAAGGAACUAUGGAUGCUCACGCUCCUGCGAGUUUGCUUAAAUUAUGGUACCGAGAGCUGUACGAUCCGCUGAUUCCCGACGAACUGUACGAUGAGUGUGUUGCUACAGAGGAUCCCGUUGAGGCGGCUGCGAUAGUGGAAAAGUUGCCUAAAAUCAAUCGACUGGUUCUUACGUAUCUAAUACACUUCCUCCAGCAGUUCGCUCUGCCGGACGUUGUUGCCAACACAAAGAUGGAUUCGUCCAAUCUGGCAAUGGUGUUCGCACCGAAUCUGCUCCGCUGUCAGUCGCAGGAUCCAAAGAUAAUUCUUGAAAAUGCUCGCAAGGAAAUGGCCUUCAUGCGCACCUUGAUACAGCACCUGGACACCUCCGGUGUGGCGUAUCUUGUUUGAUCUGUCGUACGCUAUGCUUUCUGAAUCGUUGAAUCGUUGAUUUUCGACAAAUUCUAGCCUGAAGUUUUAUACACGAAAGGAAAUGUUUCGUUCUUUUUUACUCAAAAUCAAACUGUACAUACUGUAUUUUAUUAGCUUUAUUGUACUUUUAAUAUGAUUUUUUUUAAACUAAGAGAAAUUAUCCUUUCGUUUUUAUUCCUAUCAUUCGAAAAGAUUGAACAGAUCUCAUAACGAAACGUUAUUUCAGAACAAAAGGAGCUGUUUUCUUUUUUUUUUACUUUCUUACCUAUCAACAGCUCCAACGACUGUUUUCCAGUUUCCUUAGAAUUGGAAUCAAAUAAAAUUAGGCAAAAAAGUAAGUCGAAUACUUUAAAAUGAAUGUUACAUGAAAUGAUUUCACAAUCCCGAAGUUUUAGUUACCCUAGAAUGCAAUAACAUAAUUUAUGUUCAGGAAAAGGCCAUCAAGUCUAGCGAAUGGAUCGUAUUUAACAUCUUGAGCACUCAAAUUAGUAAAUAACCAUACAAUGAUAGAAACAGGAUAGAAAACGCUACUCAUUUCAUUAAAUAAUGUUUGAAAUUCAAAUAAAAAUAUAUAAAAUACAGCACAAAACAUUGACGAACUUCUAAAUUAACCGCUUUUGGACUAGAACUAAUUGAUCAAUGUUUCAUUGCUGACCGAAUGCCGAAAGCAGAUACCACACCAACCGACCGUACGACACGAGCACAUAUUUGUAUGAUUAUUAGGACAAAAAAAAAUUGAGUCAGUUUCUCCAAGCCAUGAUUAUCAACCAGAAUAUAUUUCAGCAAACAACGCUAGAUUUCAAUUUCCGUUGUAAAUACAUUCGGUCUUUUCUCAUUCCCGCUGAUUGUCAUUUAUUUAUUGUUUUUAUGUUUUAAUGUAGAAAGCUAGUUAUUUUAAAACGAUUAAAAUGUGUUUAAAAAACCACGUGAAAAGGUAAACCAAACCAAAUCUGACUUAGCAUUAAUCUAGGUUUAAUUCAAUGAAAACGAGCAUGGUUGCAUUGAAAAUAUUGAUAUAUUAUGUAUCCUAUAUGAACAAAACAAAUCCGAUUAUCUUACAGAUUACGAAUAACGCAUACAACACUAUUAAUCUAUUCUGUCCUACCGCAAGCCAGAAUUGUAUGUCUGGAUUAUUCUAAAAAAUCAUACCAUUUAUCCACUCUUCAACGAAAGUAAAAGGGCCAAGGAAAAUAUCUCUAUAUAGAGUACAACAGCACUCGUGCGCUAAUUGCACGUCCUUUUAGUUGCAAAAUAUUUCUACAAACAGGAGUUGUUUUCCAUUCUCCCUCGUCCUGUUGAAAGCAAUCAUCAGCCGUUGCAAAAGGCAAGUCUCGUAAACAACAGCAAGCACUCAAUAAAUUUUAAAGUUGAUUUGUGCUCACAUGGGAAAAAACACAAUGACUUAGUUGCUAUUGUUUCCUUGAGAUAGUUUAUGAAAUGAAAACAACUGAAGGAUAAUAAAUUGUUCACAUCGCUUAAUGAGCUGUGCAAAAUACUUCACACUCACACCCACACACACACACAUACUAAAAAAUCCAAUCUACCACGUUGGCUUGUGAUGAGGGAAAUAAAGGAAAGAGGGAUAUUAGAAACAAACAAAUGAAAAAAAUAUAGGACUAGAGAACAAUGCAAACGAAUCGGCAUGUGUAACCUACAAGGAACGAGUGUAACGAAUGUAUUCAAGUCGCAAUCAACUGGACAACAGAAGAAAAAUCAACAGAGAAACAGACAAAUGCAAAUUUAAUGCUUAACUUAUACUAUAACAGCUGAGACGAAUAUCAUGAGACAGCUAGAUAUGAUUAAAAAAAAGGAAAAAUUAACAAAAUAAAAUAAAUUAUUAUUGCAAUCUGAGAUAAUAUAUAAUAACAAUAAAUUAUAUGAAAAUACAAUA